AGAGAAGCUAUGAGUAGCAGACCAAGACGCGACUGUGGACUUUGUUGUAAACAGAAUAUAGUGCGGCUAGAUCGACAUUUGAAGUCUGUACAUGCACUUAAGUUCGGUACUAUGGAAUGGACGAAUGCUAUGCAAUUUAGCCGGUUUUCGACUGAGAGACAGCAGCCCGAAUCAGUGCUUGAACCGCGGCCGGAGGACCCUGUGAUUUUGCAGCAGCUGGUGGACGAGGGUGAGCAGCAGCUAGUGGACGAGGGUGAGCAGCAGCAGCUGGUGGCCGAGGGGGAUCAGACGGCAGGUUCUUCGGCGGCGGUGCAGCCAACCAGUCAGGUCCGUAGUGAACUGUGCUCGGAACCGAGGGAGCAAGGCUGCGUCGUGGCGACUUCUACUGAGAGCGAGAGUGAUGAAGACGGCGGUGUGCCAUCCCGAAUGCAGGUUUGGAGUAAUGCAAUUUUGACUCAGUAUGAACACUAUAUUGUGGGUACAGCCCCUUCAGUUAAACGAAUUGACAAUAGUCGCACCAGUAUGUCCCGAGUACGGGAAUUCCUCCGCAUUAUGUCGGAGGACAAGGCCAAUGAAGGACUGUGUUUUCUGGAUAACUACAGACGUGUGUCUGUGUGGUAUGCUCAAUGUGACGGCCGUGGUUUGGCACCAUCCACCUUAAAAAUGUACCGAGCUGAUGUUAGAGGUUUCCUCAAUUAUCUUAUUCAGUUCCGGCCAAAUGGUAUGCAAGCUAAGGUCGUUGCAAUUCGAAAGAUGUUACUGUGCUUGGCGAAGAUGGACAGGGACUCGCGGCAGAGCCAGGCAACGCAUAGGGCAAAAUUCCGCCAACGCUGCAGGGACGAGGUGCUCAGCGCUGCGGAGUUAAAACGCUUUGUUGAGCUAAGCAAUCGAGCCAUUCCUUCAGUUCUCAGUAGGCUGGAGGAACGUGCCACAUGCUCUGACAGGCGUAGGUUUGCAGCUCUCAUGUCCAGCCGGUUGGCCAUAUUUAAUGGCACUCGACGAUCCCCAGUCACAAUGUUUAGUGUGACUGAUUUCAGUGAAAUAACCCCUGAAGGUGGGGGUUAUCAGAUGUCUAUAGCUUCCCACAAAACUAACUAUAGCUUCGGGGAGUGCAGAAUUGUUCUAUGUCAGGAGGAAUACACUUGGCUUCAACGAUUCCAUAAAAUCAGGCCUCAUCUGAGUGGAUUGACCUCAGACACAGAACUGUUCUUUUUCACAUCCUGCGGUCAACCCUACGGUAAUCUGUGUGAGUAUGUGGGGCAAAUCUUUGAAGAGUUUGGCAUUGGAAGUAAAGUGACCUUUGGUACAAUUCGACGCAGUGUUGCCACGUUGAACUUUAACCAAGGCUCAGUUACAGACCGGGGAACUGUUGCUGACCAUAUGUGUCACUCUCUGGAAACCCAGGCACGUCACUACAGGUACCAUAAUCUGCCCAAAAAUGCCAGCCGGGCCCGGGCACUGAUUGAGGGUCAAAUCAAUCAAUGAUUAACUGAUUAAAUAAAGCAUAUUUGUUUGAAAUUCACCCUUGUAUUUGUGUCAUUAUGCAUUAAAAUGAUUAAAAAUGUGUUU